AUGAAACUCGACUCCGCAGUCGUCACACUCCUCAAGCUCGACCCAGAGCAAACAACAGUCUCAGGAGCGGGGGGCGGCGGCAUGUCCUCAGCAUCCACCUCCAAAAUCACAACCACCCUCCCAGACGGCACCCAAACGCACUACUUCAUGAAAACCGGCAAAGGCGCCGCCGCAGAAACCAUGUUCGCCGGCGAACACGCCUCCCUCAACGCCAUCCACGCCGUCGUGCCCACACUCUGUCCCAAAUCCUUCGGGCACGGAAAAUUCUCAGAGAACACAUCGACCUCCUUCCUAGUGACAGACUACCUAGACCUCUCGAGCCGCUUCUCCUCCACCAAAACCUCAGGCAUGAGUUUGGCCCAAAAACUCGCCAAACUCCACACCACCCCCGCCCCGAUCCCCCCAGGCCACACGACCCCCCAAUUCGGCUUCCCAGCCCCAACCUGCUGCGGCGACACGCCCCAAGACAACACCUACACGCCCUCCUGGGCGGACUUCUACGCCAACCGCCGACUCCGUUUCAUCCUGUCACAAUCGAACAAAUUCAACGGCCCGGACAAAGAACUCACCUCCCUAGUCGAAACAACCUGCAACGAAGUAGUCCCCCGCCUAAUAGGCGACGCACACCUCAACAACGGCGCCGGCGUCCUCCCCGUCGUCGUCCACGGCGACCUCUGGUCCGGCAACGCCUCCACCGGCACCCUCCCCUCCAUGACAUCCCCCGAAGCCGUCGUCUACGACAGCAGCGCGUGCUACGCGCAUUCCGAAUUCGAGCUGGGGAUUAUGAAGAUGUUUGGCGGGUUUGGGAGUGGGUUUCUGAGGGAGUAUCAUGCGUUGGUGCCGAAGACGGAGCCCGUGGCGGAGUAUGAGGAUCGCGUGGCGUUGUAUGAGCUGUAUCAUCAUUUGAAUCAUUAUGCGCUUUUUGGGGGCGGGUAUCGCGGUGGGGCGGUGGGCAUUAUGAGGGGGUUGGUUGGGAGGUAUGGGGGGAGGAAGGGUGAGUUGUGA